UUUUAAUCGGUAAAUGUGUUUUUUUGGUUUAGUGAUGUACAGCUAUGUCGCUAUGCCCAAUCUAAGCAGAUGUCUAAUCCAUACUAUGGAAACUAGGGUAUCUGAUACUCCACACAAGCUUGAUCUUCUAUAAUCAUCUAGAGUGAUGGGGGCUGGUCCGAUGCGUAAGCCCUAAUUACUGUAUCAGGAUAUGAAUAUCUCAUACCUACUUAUGAGGAUUAGUGAUCAACAACCGUAACCUCGGAUCGUCUCCGCAUUCAGGGCGGCGUCAGUAUGGACUAUAGACAGAAUAAUGCAGCUGAGGAUCUUUAUAAAUAGGGUCAUGACAACAAUGUCUUGACAGCCAGGUCAACAUCUUAACUCCACUACUACAUACAUACAAUAUCCACAUCCCUCCACAAGCAGAGCCAUCAACGAAAUGUCCGCCCUCCGUGCAGCAGUAUACAUCGCCCCACCGACUCCCUUCAAAACGCCGGGAAAAGGAAGCGGCGGUGGUCUCUGGUCCCCCAUUUCCUGCACCCUGGUCUACUCAGCCACCGAGGCCGUGCUGGUGGACACACCCAUCACCAUCAAGCAGACACAGGACCUGAUCGCCUGGAUCGACCGCAUCGCGCCGAAGCGGAAGCUGUCGUACAUUUACAUCACGCAUGGUCAUGGCGAUCACUUCUUCGGUCUUCCACUGCUGCUUCAGCGCUUUCCAGAGGCCAAGCCGGUGGCUACGGCCGCCACGGUGCAGCAUAUGAAGCAGCAGGUCGAAGAGAAGAACUAUCAAGCUCAAUGGGAAUCGCGAUUCCCGGGAGAGAUCGCGAGACCGUUCGUCUUGGCGCAGCCGCUACCGGGAAGCAACGAGUUUAAGCUGCAAGACAGAUGGCGGUUCCAGGCGAUCGAGGCUGGACACUCGGACACUUACGAUUCCACCGCGUUGUGGGUCCCCGACCUGCGACUGGCCAUUUGUGGAGAUGUGGUGUAUGGGCAGGUACACCAAAUGUUAUUUGAGGCGAAUACCGCCGCCAAGCGAGAGGAGUGGAUUAGAGCGGUGGAGAAGAUCGAGGCUCUAGAUCCGUUGUAUGUAGUACCUGGCCAUUGCCAGGAGGGGGAAGUUUUGGGCCGCUGGCACCUCGCCAACACAAAGCAGUAUAUCAGAGAUUUUGCGGAUGUGUUAGAGAAGAAGCCCAAGUCUCCUAGGGAGAUUGUGGAAGAGAUGACCAAGCUGUAUCCCGAUCGAUACAACACCGGUGCACUUAUCAUGGGUGCCAUGGGCUAUUUUCAAACAUUAAAGGCAUCUCGAAUUUGAGAUUAAUGUAUGUACAUUGAGUGAAGGAUUUGGAGUAACCUCAAUCGGAGCUAGUUGUGCCGAAUCUGUAGCUGCUCACUGGAGACUGAAGACAGCUUCUACGGGACUGUCCCUGGAGUAUGCAACAUAGCCCACAAUGUAUUCUAACAGAGGCUCAGGGGCAGUCCACCAGCUGCAGGUCAAUGCUGCCUGUGAGGUCAAGUGGCGACCAAGGCCUCCGAUGCUUCGACAGCCCUACCCUGAACUAACGAGGACUGGCUGUGCUCGUACAUGUAUCGGUCACCCGGUAUAUCUGUUCAGAAAGCUAGGCGGG